AUGCCUGUUGACGCUACUGUAAACAAAUGUUCGAAUGGACUGGCGACAAAGACAACUAUCGCCCUCUUAGAUUCUCCCUCGGUUUUUGUGUCGUCCUGACCUUUUGACUCACUGACUCGUUCUUGACCCGGAAUCUGGUAACCUUUUUUUCAUCAGUUUCUUUAUUUAAGAAACGUAUCAUUCUUGCCUUCAACUUUUUUUUUACGAAGUUUACUUUUAUGAAACACAAAAUCUUAUUGAAAUGUUUACUCAAUUACAUAUUUCUUGAUCAGAAACAUAAAGACCAAUCGAUUCGUUUCUUCGAUUUGUUCAAUCCACUUUUCGCGAUACUACCUUCAUUUCGUGGUUCCUUUCUAACUUUAGAAUAGAUCUCAGAACAAAACAGUGAAGUGGCGGAGGAUGUCGCUGGGCCUUUCUUGGUUCCGGCGACGGUUCAGCUACCACGACGAAGGUCUUCUCGCCGUCUGCGCCGACGACUCUGAACCCGGCAUCCGUCUUCAAGGUUCGCAUCUUUUUUUCUGUAGUUUCUCAUUUCGCGGCUUUAUUCUUUGUCUGUCAUUGUUGAUAGUAGACUUUGAACGACCCAAUGGAGGUCCAAGAGGAAUGGCUCGACGUGUAGCGGCUGCGGAACGGUUAGAACAUCUUAAGCGCGAUGAAGUCGGAACUAUCAUGUAGGCCGACCGCAACGCUGCGAGCCACUACAAUCAGCUAUUGA